AUGAAUCGUCUCUUCGGCACGAAGAACACGGCGCCUAAGCCAACUCUGGAUGGUGCAAUCAGCAAGUUAGACGACCGCGUCUCAAGCAUCGACGUCAAACUUACCGCCCUUAAUUCAGAGCUCACAGCCUACCAAACCAAGCUUUCCAAAAUGCGCGACGGGCCUGGCAAGCAAGCCCUCCGCCAGAAGGCCCUGAAAGUCCUACAACGCCGAAAACAAUACGAGGCCCAGCGCGACCAGCUCUCCCAGCAAUCAUGGAACAUGGAACAGGCCGGCAUGAUGCAGGACAAUCUGAAGAACGUUAUGACGACCGUGGACACGAUGAAAACAACCACCAAAGAGCUAAAGAGGCAAUAUGGCAAGAUUGACAUUGACAAGAUCGAGCGCAUGCAGGACGAGAUGGCUGAUUUGAUGGAGGUUGGCAAUGAGAUUCAGGAGAGCAUCUCGAGCGCUUAUUAUGUGCCUGAAGAGGUUGAUGAGGCGGACUUGGACGCUGAGCUUGAGGCUUUAGGUGAGGAGUCUAUGUUUGAUACGGGUAUUGGUGAGGAUGCUAUGCCCAGUUUCUUGCAGGAUGAGGUGGCGCCGCCGCAGUUUAUUGAUGAGCCUCCGGAGCAGACCAUGGUCAAAGAGGCGGCUGGCGGCUUGGGUUAA